AUGUACGACUGGUCGGGCAAGAACGUGGUUUACGCCGGUGGCUUCACGGGCAUUGGACUCCAGCUGAUGCAUCAGCUGAUGCAGCGCCAGAUGAAGAUGAAAAUGGUUGGCAUCAUGCAUCGCAUGGAGAACGUGGAGAUGAUGAAGAAACUUCAGGCGGAAAAUCCCAGCGUGAAGGUCGUCUUCAUGCAGGUGAAUCUAAUGGACAAAUCAUCCAUUGAGCAGGCGAUGAUGAAAAUGGGACAAAUGAUGGGCAACAUCGAUGUGCUGCUGAACUGUGAGGAUGUGCUGCUCGACAAGGAUGUGGAGACUACGAUGGGCGUCAAUUUGAUGGGCAUGAUUCACAUGACCAUGAAGGCCAUGCCCUACAUGGACAAGACGCAAAUGGGCAAAGGCGGCAUGGUUAUCAACAUGUCCUCGGUCUAUGGCCUGGAACCGGCACCAGCCUUUGCCGUCUAUGCAGCGGCCAAGCAUGGCGUCAUUGGAUUCACCCGUUCGAUGGGCGAUAAGCGCAUCUAUCAGAUGACCGGAGUUAUGUUUAUGGCCAUGUGCCCAGGUCUAACCAGCACCGAGAUGAUGAUGAAUCUGCGCGACAAUGUCACCUGGAGCCAUUCCGAGUCGAUGGUGGAGGCCAUCGAGAGUGCCAAGCAUCAGACGCCCGAGCAGGCGGCCACUCAAAUCAUGAAGGCCAUCGAAAUGAUGAAAAAUGGCAGCAUGUGGAUCGUCAGCAUGGGACAGCUGAAGGAGGUGAAUCCUCAAAUGCACUGGCAGAUGUAAGCCACACUU